AUGUCUGGAAAUACACAAUCGAAAGACCCGCUGGACGAGACAUCACCACUGCUCGGGGGUGCUCCAGUAGCUGCCGAUAAUGCUGCAGAGCGCGUUGCGGGUAAUAAUGGUUGUGGGGAUGCAGAGCCUUUGAAGGAUGAUGAUGCAGACCUUCCGAAGGAAUUGUCGUUGGCAAAAUUGACGGUUGUGAUGCUGGCAGUGUGGGGUGGUGUAUUCCUCGCAGCAAUCGAUACCACCGUCAUUUCCACACUUCUCGCACCAAUCUCAAGCUCCUUUUCAUCGUUCGCGUCGAUAUCAUGGGUUGCGAGUGCGUACCUCAUCUCCAAUGCUGCUCUGCAGCCAUUAUUUGGCAGGCUCACGGACAUUUACGGUCGUCGUUAUGGGCUCGUGAUCUGCAAUAUUCUGUUCGCGGCUGGUACGCUGAUGUGCGGCCUUGCAAAGAAUGAGUACACCAUGAUCGCGGGACGAGUGAUUGCUGGUGCUGGCGGAGGAGGCAUGACCACGAUCUCCUCGAUUGUUGCUACGGAUCUGGUACCAUUAAGGAAGAGAGGAAUUGUCCAGGGAGGAGGCAAUUUAUCCUACGGCGCAGGCGCAGCUCUGGGAGGUGUAUUUGGUGGUUUCAUCCAUGAUCGUAUUGGCUGGAGAUGGGCGUUCUUGAUUCAGGUGCCCUUUAUUAUCGUGUCUACGAUUAUGGUCGCCAUGUUUGUGAGGAUUCCGAUAAAGAAGUCAAAUAUCGCACGCCACAGGCGAAUCGACUAUGCAGGUGCACUCACACUUGUAAUGUCACUGGUACUGCUGUUGAUUGCGCUUAAUACUGGCGGGAAUAUGCUUCCAUGGACCCAUCCGCUCAUCUUGGUCUGCCUCCCACUCAGUGUGGUGUUUCUGUUCGCAUUUGGCUAUAUCGAGAAGAACGUGGCACAGGAGCCCAUCAUCCCCGUAGGUCUCUUGGGUGAUCGCACAGUAUUGGCGGCCUGCAUGACGAACUGGUUCAUGGUUAUGAGUGUAUUCUCUUUGUACUUCUACUGCCCAAUCUACUUUAUGGUGCGCGGCCAGUCCUCAACCGACGCUGGUCUUCGCCUGACACCUUUCGCCGCCGGAAUCUCCGUCGGCUCUCUUAGUACGGGCAUUGCCAUGAACCGCUCAGGCCAUUACUACAAGCUCGGGCUCCUCGCCAUGUUCGUGUACAACUCCGGCGUCGCUGCAAUCUGCACAUUCAAUCUUAAUACCCCUCUCUUCCCGCAAUUCUUCAAUUUCUUUGUCUUCGGGUGUGGUUAUGGCGGUGUCCUCACUGUAACGCUGCUAGCGCUGAUCGCCGCUGUUGGUCGGAAGGAUCAAGCCGUGAUAACAUCUGCCAGCUAUGCGUUCCGCUCCACGGGCAGCACGAUCGGCGCCACAGUCGGCAGCGCAAUUUUCCAGAAUGUGUUGAAGAGGAGGCUGGUGGCGUACUUGGGCGACGGUGAGGAAGCGAGGAGGGUUAUUGGACAGGUGAGGGAGAGGUUCGACGCGAUUGAUAGCAUACCGGGCGAGUAUGUGGGCAGGGUCAGGGGGGCUUAUAUGGACGCCCUGCAUGCCGUGUUUUAUGCGAGUCUGGGGAUGGGAAUAUUGGCGAUGGUGUGCGCUGCGUGGAUGAGGGAGCACAAAUUACAUAAAACGUUGGAUAGGAAUUAA